AGUAGUAAACACAAAAUGGCAGCCUACAAGGCAAGACUAGAGCAGUUUAAAAACACGUUAUCCAAAGAUGAAUUAGAUAUUAAAAAGAUCAGGGAAUUAUCAUUUCAAGGUUGCCCAUUUGAAAGUGGUUAUAGAUCUAUAUGCUGGAAGAUAUUACUAGAACAUUUACCUUUAAAGCGAGACGAAUGGCCGAAUCAUUUACAAAGACAACGAGCGACGUAUAAACAGUUUAUUAAUGAGUUAAUUAUAAUACCAGGUGAGAAAGCAUACCUGGGAGCUCUGGCUGAUGGUAAACUAGAAGAUCAUCCGUUAAACCCAAACCCUGACAGCCAGUGGAGUGUACAGUUUAAAGAUAAUGAUAUGUUAAUGCAAAUAGAUAAAGAUUGUAGGAGAUUAUGCCCCGAUUUGUCUUUCUUUCAAAGUGCCACGAAAUUUCCUUGUAAUGAAAUAAUUCAUGCCAAAUCGAAUGUGGAGACAUUACGGAAGAGAGUUGAACAUACAGUAUUAAAAUCAGAAACUGUUGGUAGGAACAGGCUAGGUAUUACAAAUAUGCAAUCCACCAGACGUAGAACAAGUGAUGAAUAUGCCUUGCUACCAGAUGGACAGGAGGCUCACUGGGAAGUUGUAGAGAGAAUUUUAUUUAUUUACGCAAAACUUAACCCUGGUCUUAACUAUGUACAGGGUAUGAAUGAGAUUCUGGGUCCAAUAUAUUAUACCUUUGCUUCAGAUCCAGAUCCAGAAUGUAAAGAAUAUGCAGAAGCAGAUUCAUUUUUUUGUUUUACCAAUUUAAUGGCUGAGAUACGAGAUCACUUUAUUAAAACUUUAGAUGACUCAGAUUGUGGUAUAGGAUAUUCUAUGACAAGAUUAAUGGAAGAGAUACAUAUCCGAGAUCCAUGUUUAAGUCAUCGAAUGACCGAACAAGAUUUAAAACCACAAUAUUUCGCUUUCAGAUGGAUCACAUUAAUGUUGUCUCAAGAAUUUCCUCUACCAGAUGUGUUAAGAAUAUGGGAUUCGUUAUUUUCUGAUAAAAAUCGAUUUGAUUUCCUGAUUACCGUUUGUUGUUCUAUGUUAAUAUUGUUAAGAAAUGAAAUUUUAUCAAAUGAUUUUCCUUCCAACAUGAAAUUAUUACAGAAUUUUCCAUACACGACUGUGGAAGUUAUAAAAGUCAUAUCAAAAGCUGUAGAAAUGUUACAUCGGUAGCACAGGCUGUUUAUUAUAUACUGUUGAUAUACAGACAGAUAUUACCACCAAAGGAUUUCAAGGAUGACUGGACAACCUGGUUUCCAGCAGUAUCGGGUAGACGAGAUUACACAGUCACAAUAAAAUGUUUGUUCUGAACACUAUGUUUUAUAGACGCUCAAAUUUUAUAGAGGUUUUUCUUUUGUGGAUAAAGUGAAAGAGGUGUGUCAAGUCUGAUUCUCACCCUUUCAAUGACAAAAUACAGCUCCUAGAAUUACAUUUAUCCCAGUUAAAAAUAGAACGAUACAGUAUUUAGUGAUAGGAAGUAUUCAAAUAAUACUACAGACAGCUUUAUGGAUAAUAAUCACAAGCAACUGUGUAGAUGACAAUCAUAAGCAACUUUAUAGGUAAUAAUCACAAGCAAUUUUAUGAAUGACAAUCACAAGCAACUUUAUGGAUGACAAUCACAAGCAACUUUAAUAGUGUGACAAGCACACGUUAAACAAUAAUAUACCAAAAAAAAAACCAAGGAGUGAAAAUUUAAGUAUAAAAUACAUGUAUAAAUGAAACCACUGUUAAAGUUGCUAGUGGUUGUUAUCCAUAAAGCUGUGUUUAGUGUUUAUUUUAAAAAUAGACUUGUCAAUUUUAUUGGAUUUUAUGCAUUAUAUUUAUUAUAUCUUUGUUCAGUGUUGGGAUAAGACCCCACUGUUAGGUCCUAUGUCAACCCGAUAAGUCAAGAUAUAAAUUGAAAUUAGUAAACAAUCCAAUUUUUCUUUAUUUUUAUGAUUUAAAAUAAAUAUUUACCUCGUCACUAAUCAAAAGUACACAUCGGAGCAAAGUAUUAAAAACUUUUUUUGACCCAAAUCUAAGAGUCUUUAGCCCAUUAAAACAAUAGAACAAUAUCUUUGAAUGACAUUUAAUAUUAGAGGUAUAACAUUCAUAAUAACAUAACUUUAUGGAUUGAACACAACUGUAUGAAUUGAUUACAUGUUUAACACAACUAUAUGGAUUGAUUACAUGUUUAACACAACUAUAUUGGUUGAUUACAUGUUUAACACAACUUUAUGGAUUGAUUACAUAGACUGUAAAUAUAAUAGAUGAUAGAUGAGGAAAUCGUUAUCAAAGGAAUUGAUUGUUCUUCGUAUGUCCUAAUUAAUUUUGUUUGUUUUGAUUGUAUGAUUUCUUUUAGAAACAUUGCUUAAUAAAGAUACCUGUAAGAAUACUGAAACGUUGUUAUGAAAUAAACUAACAACUAGUAAAUCCAUAAAGUUGUGUUAUUGUAAAUUUGUAAAAUCAGUAGUUGAAUGAAAAUAACAGUGACUCUCUCUCUUUUUUUUUUUAAAUAAAUCGACUGACUGUGAUUUGGUUUAGAUUUUAUCCUGUGGCAUCUAUUUAACUACAUACAGUUUUUGUUCUGUUUAUUAUUCUUUUGGCCACCAAAAUGAAUUGGAAUAAACAAUCGAAUAAUAAAUUCGAAGAGAUAAAUGUUGUUAUAAUGUUAAUUAGUCUAGGGAUACAACUGAUGAUGUGUAAUACAUAUUGUGGACACAAUUACAAAUGCAACAAAACAAAAUAAUAAUUUAAAGCACUACUAUAUUGUUUCUUUAUUUUAUUGAUUUUUUUUCUUCUUUAUUUUAUUGUUGUUUUUUUUUUCAGUACCAAUCUGAUUAAAAUCACGAAUCAUAUAAUGCAUAAGGUCCAUCUUAAAAUACAUAUCUGUAUUUAGUUUCGUUUGUUUAUACCCACAAUGGCCUCCGCUACAUGAAUAUCUGAUUGGUUGUACUGGGAGGUCAUGUCAGAGGUCAUACGAUCGACUUUUGACCCUAUGACGCCUGUUUUUAGAUCAACCAAUCACCAUCAAUGUUCCAAGUGGCUUUGUUUUCUAUCGCUGUGAAAGACUACCCACACGAUAAGAAGUCAACUCAACAGACCAUGUAUUUGGCAAAACCUUCACAUCACGGAAAACGCAGUCUAUUUAACAAAUCCAGAUCCUGCUGUAGUGCAGACAAGAAAACGAAAUUUUAAACUAUAAGAAAACGAAACAAAAUAGGAUCUGUAUUGUAAUCAUGAUUGGUCCAGCACAUAAUAAGGAUAAUAGCUAUAUCAAUAUUUAUUAGGCCUGGGUAUAAGACAUAUGUUACAGGCAUUGACAGACACAAAUUCAGGCUUUGACAUACACCAAACUCGUCAUGACUGUUACUUUUCCAGCACCAAUUUAUCAUUCCUGCAAAUAGUGCCAGACAAUUUAUCAGAUAGUGCCACAUUUUAUCCGAUAGUGUCAGACAUUUUAUCAGAUAGUGCCACAUUUUAUCAGAUUGAACACAUUGUAUCCAGGGGUGUCUAUAUAAGGCACGUUUAUUUGUUAAACAUACAUUAUGCACGAGUUGAAUUUGCCUAUUGCAGGUGCAGGUCUUAAUUAACUGAUCCAGGGUACAAUCAACUCUCGAUGGCAUCAGAUUUCUCUGAUAUUAAAUAGAUUAGAAAGGUUCAGCCAUAUUUUGAUUUAAUUUAAAAAUGGAGGAGCGAGUCUAGCUUCAAACAACCAGUUACGGUGGUUGAAAGUUUUCCACACGUCUUGUCAAACCUUCAAAGGCUAAUAUCUUCGCUCGCAAUAGAGUAUUUGAAUGAAAUUUUCAAAUUAUUCAUUUUACAUUAUCUAUUUUCGAACUAUUAUAGCAAGAAUGGCUAGCUCUUUAUCCAAAUCUUGCAUAAUGUAUCUUUAAUAGUUAAUAGAUAGUAUCGUUUAUUUGUUAAUAGUUACUGUUAUAGAUAUCAUCGUUUAAAGAUGUAUUACCGUCAGUGUAAUUAGGACGAACUAGUAUCAAACCAAACUCUUUCAUGUUGUCAAUUAUAAAAUAACACAUUGUAAGGUUAUCACUUAUAAAAUAAAACAUACCAAUUAUAAAUCCAAACAGUGGAAUGUUAUAACUAUUAUCGAAUGAAAUAGAAACUUAUCAAAAUUAGUCUGUAAAAACUCAAUCUACAAAAUAUAAAAUUGUAUAUUUUUGACCACUGAGUAUAUAAAAUGGAUGUUUAUAUGUAUAUAUAUAUAUAAAUAAAUAAAGUU